AUGAGGUUCUCUGCUUCGCUGCUGCCCCUCGCCGGGCUGCUGGCACAAAUCCUUCAUGCCCAAGCGAAAGACAUUCAGGUCUGCACUCAAGUGACCAAGCAAUAUGUCACCAAUGGCGAUUUCGCGACCGAUUCGGACUGGACCAGCUCUCAAGACUAUACCAUCGUCACUAAGACUGAAACGGACAGCGGAUACAUUGAGGUGCCAUUUGAAGAUAACGAUGGCCAAACUGUGACUUUAUUUCAACAGUCCGUCUCGCACACCAAUAUUGGACCUUUCUAUCAAAUGGACUUCUACUGGAAUAUGAUAACGGAUGACGAUAGUGUCACUUGCACACUGGGCGUCCGGGCACUCGGUCCCGACGAUAGUUUUGCCCCAUGGGUCACCGACGGCUAUCUCAAAGUCUCGGCAGGAGAAUCUGGAUGGACAAAUGUGCUGGGACAGUGGCAGGCUACCGAGACCGAUAUCACGCUGCAAUGGCAAGUCACUUGCAGUGGCGGCUCUGGAACUGUCCAGUUCAAAGACAUCUCCUACAAGGGGCCUGAGAUUGUCUGUACCUCUCAGUGUGCUGCUUCCACACUUCGAACCUCCGGCGAGCUGAUCGCCGAUGGUGAUCUCACAGAUAACUUUUACGAUACCUGGGACACCGAUGGGGUAGGAUAUGCGGUUGACGACGAUGCUCCGGGGGGUGGACAAUGCAUCUUCAUUCCGGGCGAGUAUAGUUGGUAUGAAAUGAAUCAGACCAUUGCAGACGCUCAAGCCGGCCAAACUUAUCAUGCUAGUGCGAUGUGGAGGCUGAAGUCGUCAUACGCCGAUGCUGAUAAUUUCCCCACUUGCACCUUCGACAUCAGAGUCAUCAAUCUCGACAAUGAGGUUCUGUUGGAUCUGGCACACAUGACAUACAGCCUGACAGCCAGUGACAGUGGGUGGAUGUCUCUCAAUGGGACCUGGAACGCAACUGUGUCCUCCGCCAUCGUCAACGUAUACACUCAGUGCACCGCUGAUGACUAUGAAUACUACCCGGAUAUAGAGAUUGCCGACAUUCACUUGAGAUUCGAGACUGUGGUUUGUGCCACUCCUUCGUCCUCGGCCGUGGCCAGCUCUACACCUUUGAGGUCUUCGGCUAGUUCCAUUCCUUUUGUCCGCUCGACUUCAGUCUCGCGCUCUGUUUCUGGCUCUUCUACUCCAGUUUCUCGCUCUGUUUCAUCUUCCUCUAUUCCAGUGUCGACGCCUUAUAGCACCACACUUUCAGUCUCUCGCUCUAUUUCUGGCUCUUCCACUCCCCUUUCUCGCCCUGUUUCAUCUUCCUCUAUUCCAGUGUCGACACCUUAUAGCACCCCACUUAGGGUUCCAACCACAAUUCCAAUUUCAAUUCCCCAGUCGACUCCCGUCUCUCACUCGGUCACGCCUCAUUCUAUUCCUGUUUCCUCGCCUUAUAGCAUUCCGAUCAUUGGGCCUACCACAAUUCCAAAUUCGAUUCGUCAGUCGACUUCUGUCUCUUCGGUCAGUGUCUCCUCGGCCUCUUCUUCUUUCGCUGUCACAGGCUCUAUUUCGGUUCCUGUGGCAUCCAGCUCUGGCUCAGGCUCAUUUGGCUCUGGCUCGUCUGGCUCGGGCUCAUCCAGCUCGGGCUCGGGCUCGUCUGGCUCGGGCUCAUCCAGCUCGGGCUCGGGCUCGUCUGGCUCGGGCUCGUCUGGCUCGGGCUCGUCUGGCUCGGGCUCGUCUGGCUCGGGCUCGUCUGGCUCGGGCUCGUCUGGCUCGGGCUCGUCUGGCUCGGGCUCGUCUGGCUCAGGCUCGUCUGGCUCAGGCUCUUCUGGCUCAGGCUCGUCUGGCUCAGGCUCGUCUGGCUCUGGCUCAUCUGGCUUCUCUGGUUCAUCGGCAUCGGUUUCAGCAACAUCAACCUCAGCUCCUGAUCUCACUACCUUUAACUCCGACAGUCGGUCAACUACAUCUACUAUCUUCACAACCCAGACAAGCACCGUCACCGCAUGCCCAUCCACCGUGACUAACUGCCCAGUCACCGCUAAGACCACAUACGUGACGACAGAGACCAUUCUAGUCUCAACCACGGUCUGCCCGGUUACUGCAGCUCAAGUGGCGCAUCCAACUACAGCAUCGAUCGCUGACAACGGCUCAUACACAUCUACAAUCCUGUCAACCCGCACGAUCACUGUAACUUCCUGUGCUGCUACAGUCACCAACUGUCCUGCACGCUCCCAGACUACAUACACCAGCAUCCAGACCCUCGUCGCUGGCACCACUGUCAUUUCUGCUGGAACAUCUCCCACAGUGCCGAGCUCUAUACCCUUCGAAACAGCUUUAGGAAAUACGGAGUCUAGCUCUUCUAGCUACGAGUACGCUGGUACAGCAAGCGCUACUGAUUCCAUCACGUCGGACAAGACAAGCUUCACGGAACCUACCAACCUCCCCAUGGGCAACACUGGCUCUGACAGCACUUACGCCGAAUCUAUCUCGGGGGAGAAUAGCGAGAGAGUGAGCACACAGUACGCAUUUGAGACUAUCACCGGCGCCAUGGCAGUAGCCACCGGGUCUCACGUUGGCUCUGGAGCUUCUCCUGUGAUUGCCUCUGGUACAAUGCCAGUUUCCGCCGCCUCCAACGGUAGCACUGGAACUGUGGGUGUGUCUUCCAGUGCUUCCCAUGCCUCUAACUCCAUUAAAGUGCCCUCGGCGUCCUCCACCCUGGCCACGGUUGCUAGUGCGACUGAGUAUUCUUCUAUGACAGCUACAUCAGCCCCUGUAUGGAAUGAUGCUGUGUCUCUUUCUGUUCAUUCUGGCUUGCUGGCAAUGAUUGCAUGGGGUCUUGCUGUUAUGCUUUUGUGA